CUGGCUCCUUCAACCCAGAGCACAGCAGCGUGUGGAGCCUCCCGAGCUAGCUCAGCAUGGUGGAGUUCGCACCCCUGUGGGUGCCAUGGGAACGCAGGCUACAGACCUUCGCGGUCCUUCAGUGGGUCUUCUCCUUCCUGGCUUUGGCCCAGCUCUGUAUCGCCAUCUUCAUAGGCCUGCUCUUCACAAGGUUCUGGCUCUUGUCUGUCUUAUAUGCCACCUGGUGGUACCUGGACUGGGACAAGCCACGGCAGGGAGGACGGCCCAUCCAGUUCUUCAGACGCUUGGCCAUCUGGAAGUACAUGAAGGAUUACUUCCCUGUCUCCUUGGUCAAGACAGCUGAGCUGGACCCUUCCCGGAACUACAUCGCGGGCGUUCACCCCCACGGAGUCCUGGCAGCGGGAGCCUUUCUCAACCUGUGUACUGAAAGCACGGGCUUUUCCUCGCUGUUCCCAGGCAUCCGCCCCUACUUGAUGAUGCUGACUCUGUGGUUCCGGGCCCCCUUCUUCCGGGACUACAUCAUGUCCGGGGGGCUGGUCACAUCAGAAAAGGUGAGUGCUGAUCACAUUCUGAACAGGAAGGGCGGCGGGAACUUGCUAGCCAUCAUCGUUGGUGGUGCUCAGGAGGCCCUGGACGCCAGGCCUGGAGCCUACAGGCUGCUGCUGCGGAAUCGCAAGGGCUUCGUCAGGCUGGCCCUGAUACAUGGGGCAGCACUUGUGCCGGUCUUCUCCUUUGGGGAGAACAACCUGUUUAACCAAGUUGAGAACACCGCUGGCACCUGGCUGCGCCGUGUCCAGAACCGGCUGCAGAAGAUCAUGGGCGUCUCUCUCCCUGUCUUCCAUGGCCGAGGCGUCUUCCAGUACAGCUUCGGCCUCAUGCCCUUCCGCCAGCCCAUCACCACCAUCGUGGGGAAGCCCAUUGAGGUGCAGAUGACACCACAGCCCUCAGAGGAGGAGGUGGACCGGCUUCACCAGCUCUACAUCCAGGAGCUGUGCAAGCUCUUUGAGGGACACAAACACAAGUUCAAUGUCCCCGCCGACCAGCACCUGGAGUUCUGCUAAGUGCCUCUUAGCAGACACUUAGAGGACAGCUGCAUCUGAGAGCAGGCAGCAGUGCCGCCAUUAGAGGGGACUGGGCGUCUACAAACCCAGCCCCAGCUGGCAAGAGGGACGAGGCAGCUCCUUGCCCUGGAUUUGCAUCUGCAGCCAGAGCCCUGCCGUCCUUGUCUCCCUGUCCUGGGCCUGUCUGUUCAACUGUAGAAUUGGGGGAGGGAGGGAGAAGCAGGCAGAGAAUAAUUUCUGAGCCUCUUGUCAUGGUUGGUAUGUCACUCAAACAUGACCACAGGACAACCAGGGGAAAGGAACAAAAUUGUUCAACGCCUACCCUGGAGGGACAGUACAAGAGAAGCCAGCACCCCAGACUCCCACUGUAUGAGCCCCCCCACCUGCUCCCUGGAUGCCCUUAUUCCCUUCUGAGCUGGAGAGGGGCAGCUAAGUAUGCCCUAGCGCCCCGUGGUUUUUCUAGAUUCUGUAACCUCUGAGCUGUGACAUAGAUACCAAAGGAGCCCAGAAGGCAGUUAAGGACAGAGCGCUCAGUCACUCACUGACUUCUAUCAGGAAGCCGCUUACUCAUGCUUUUUAGAGAACUCCAGCCCCUGUCUUGACACAAAAGGGCAACUCCGUACAUGUUACUUCAAUAAAGGAAAGGAUUCUGUUUUAA